AUGGCUGUCAUGUCCUUAGAAUGCAGCCCAGGUUAUAGCAGCCAGUCUAGAGUGGCAGAGAGUGUCCUUCCUUCUAAGAGAAGGAAGGAUUCUUCUAAGAGAAGGAAGGAUUCUUCUAAGAGAAGAAAGGAUUCUUCUAAGAGAAGGAAGGAUUCUUCAAAGAGAAGGAAGGAUUCUUCUAAGAGAAGGAAGGAUUCUUCUAAGAGAAGGAAGGAUUCUUCUAAGAGAAGGAAGGAUUCUUCUAAGAGAAGGAAGGAUUCUUCUAAGAGAAGGAAUUAUUCUUCUAAGAGAAGGAAGGAUUCUUCUAAGAGAAGGAAGGAUUCUUCUAAGAGAAGGAAGGAUUCUUCUAAGAGAAGGAAGGAUUCUUCUAAGAAAAGGAAGGAUUCUUCUAACAGAAGAAAGGACACUGAUCUCAGCCAUCACACCAGAGAAUAG